AUGCUGGUCCUCACCGUCUACAUCGUCACCUUCGUCGUGGGGUUCCCGGCCAACGUGUUCACCUUCACCACCCUGGCGGCCAAGGCCUGGCGGCACCGCCUGUCACCGUCUGACCUGCUGCUGCUCAACCUGACGGCGGCCGACCUGCUGCUGCUGCUCUUCCUGCCCUUCAAGAUGGCCGAGGCGGCAGCGGGGAUGGUGUGGCCGCUGCCGGCUGCGCUCUGCCCCGUGGCCAACUUCUGCUUCUACUCCAGCAUCUACCUGAGCAGCCUGUUCCUGGCGGCGCUGAGCGUGCGGCGUUACCUCGGCGUGGCGUUCCCGCUGCGGCUGCGGGGCCGGGGCCGCCUGGGCCGCGUGGCGGCCGCCAGCGCCGUGCUCUGGCUCCUGGCCUGCUCCCACUGCUCCAUCGUCUUCGUGGCCUCCUACCACGGCGGGGGGCUUGGGGGGCAUGGGGGGAGGCGUGGCGGGCUCGACCCUGACAGGCUUGAGGUCUCCGGUCCCAGGGGCCUCAAACCUGGUGAGCCAAAGAACCCCAACACUGUUGAGCCCAACACCCACGAGCCCUGGACCCCUGACCACAACCUCUCCAAGGCCCCCAGCCCAAACCUCUCCAAUACCCUCUAUCCCCGUGACUCCAAGACGUACCCCAACCUCUUUGAGAUCCUCAACCCCAACCUCCCCAAGACUUCCAACCUCAGCUUCUCCAGGACCCCCGACCCCGACCUCUCCAAGCCGCCCAACCUCUUCCCUGCCACCCCCUCCACCCCCGCCGCCCCCUUCAGGUGCUACGAUGACUUCUCUGAGGAGCAGCUGAGCUUUGUCCUCCCGAUGCGCCUCGAGCUCUUCCUCGUCCUGUUCCUGGUGCCCUUCGGCGUCACCGUGUUCUGCUAUGUCGGCUUUGUGCGGGCGCUGAUGGCGCGAUCCAACAUUCCGCGGGUGAAGCGCCAGCGUGCCGUGGGCCUGGCCGUGGUCACCAUGGUCAACUUUGGGCUCUGCUUCGCCCCCUACAACCUAUCGCACGUGGUGGGCUUCGUGCAGGGCCGCAGCCCCCCCUGGAGGGUCUACGCGACGCUCCUGAGCAGCCUCAACGCUGCCCUGGACCCCUUCAUCUUCUACUUCUCGUCCGGUGCCGUGCGGGGGGCCCUGGCAGGGGUGGGGGCGGCGCUUCUGGGCAGGGUGUGGGGGGACGGGGGCAGCCAGGGGGCGAGGGGGAGCCACAGACAUGAGGGGAGAGGAUAA